AAGAAUAGCUUUGAGCCAAUAUGGUGGAUGUGCAAAGCUGAUUUUGUAUUGGAUACAUUUUGUUCCGUUUCCACCUAUCAGCUGAGUGUUGUUGAUGGAGGCGAGUGAGUCACAGACGCGAGUUCCCGCAUAGGGAACAGCAUGUUUCUCGGCACUAUCGAGCUGCUGACAUUAAAUUACAGUAAAGUUUACAGCUCAGUGGAUCGCUUCAGAAGUGAUAGAUUUCACGAAACUGAAGUGCUGUGACCUGUCGCCGAUUGUUAAUGAAGAUGUUCAAGGAUUACAUUCCUGGAAAGCAUUUUUUGUGUUUUGUUCUAGACCCCUUUGUGAUUGUGUUAGCUUUGGACUGAUUUCAUGGAUGUGGCUGUCUGAAGGGAGUCUGAAAGAUGACUGGGACAAAGACCCAGGGGAAUUCACUAAGAUGGGAAUCGGGGGUGGACUACAGCCAGGGCCUGAUGAAUGGACUAGAGGUCAAGCUGGGCUCGCUGGUUGUACUACUCUUCAUGACUCUGUUGUGUGGUUUUGCCCCAUUAUGUAUUGUGAGAAGGAGGUGCAGCACUGGCCCAGAAACAAGGCACAAAGUUCUGAGUUUGGUGAGCUGCUUUGCGGGCGGGGUGUUCCUGGCUACCUGUCUCUUGGACCUGGUGCCUGACUACCUUGUGGAGAUAAAUGAGGCAUUCAAAAGCCUUGAGAUCACACUGAAAUUCCCACUUCCUGAAUUCAUUAUGGCUAUGGGCUUCUUCCUGGUCCUAGUUCUGGAACAGAUUGUUCUGGCCGUCAAAGACCAAUCAGGGCGAUCCUUUGAGGAGAAGCGGGCCCUGUUGGUGGAAUCUAAUGUCCAGUCCCAUGAAAGGGAAAGCCAGGGGUGUGCCCACCUGCACUCUCCCUUUUCCCAGGCCACUGAAGAGUUGGGCCGGUCAAGAGUCCCAGGCAGGGAGCAUGUUCACCUUCACGUGGACUUCAACUCCCAUUCAGCUAUUCGCUCCUUCAUCCUGGUUUUCUCGCUGUCACUGCAUUCUGUGUUCGAGGGACUGGCCGUGGGUCUGCAGCGGGACAGUCAGAAAGUGCUUGAGAUCUGUUUAGCCCUCCUACUCCACAAAAGCAUCAUUGCCUUUAGCGUGUCGCUCAAGCUUACCCAGGGCCGGCUGAAGCGGACGGCGGUGACUGCAUGCAUUCUGCUAUUCUCCAUAAUGUCACCUCUGGGCAUUGGGCUAGGUAUUGCCCUCACAGCAACUGAGUCCACGCCACAGCACCACUUAGCAUGUUACACCCUGGAGGGCCUGGCUGCAGGCACCUUCAUCUACAUCACAUUUAUGGAGAUCUUGCCUCACGAGCUGGGUGCCCCACAUAAUCGCAUCCCCAAGGUGGCACUUCUGCUCACUGGUUUUGCAGUGGUCACUGGUAUCCUCUUCAUAAAGGUCUAGGCCACCCACGUCUGUAUUUUGCCUGUAUUUGUGUAAAGCAGAUGUCCAAAAAAUAAAUAAUAAAAACUUACGUAUA